UCAUAUUUCAGGAGACCGUCCUUCAUGAUGCUUUGGGCAUUUGGACUCGCUCUGCUGCUCGCUGUUGCUCCGCAGGCUGCCGUGAUUAAAGUCAGUGCCGUUGGCCCGGCGGGACUGGCGCAGCUGCUGAAGAUGCCCGCCCUCACCAAAAGUUCAGGGUUUGAACCAGAGCUACGCCGAUCCAAAAGGUCGGUGUUUUUACACUCCGGAGUGAGAAUCUGCCCCCAGGAGACCAUCAGUGAGGUGAUCGCAAGCCACCAGGCGUACUACCAGCUCAGAGUUUGUCAGGAGGCGGUGUGGGAGGCGUUCAGGAUCUUCUUCGACAGGAUUCCGGGGACGGCCGAGUACCAGCGAUGGGUUCACACGUGUCAGCACGAGUCGCUCUGCAUCUCUGACCUCGCCAAAAACUUCAGCGACUCGGAGGAGCACGUGAGCAUGAUUCAACGGAGGAUGGACCGGCUGAGAGACAGGAGGCCUUCAUCACGGGGAGCGACGACUCCUGCACCGACGCAGAAGCUCCCGGAGAUCACAGGUCCAGAGGCUCAGACCGAUCCCCCAUCAGCACCCCCGGUGCUCGUCACCAGCACCACUGUCUUCUUCAGUUCCACGAGUGCCUCUCCAAGCUCCGCCCCUGAAACAAGCCACCCUGCCAAGGAGCUCAAAGAGGACCCGGAGCUUCCAAACGUCGUCCCAGAGAGUCCGGUGGAGCAGAUCGUGGAGUUCAGUAUCGACCUGGUGGAUCCGGGUUACAGAGAGCUGCUGGAUGACCCGAAUUCCCCUCAGUACAUCGACCUGGCACAACACCUGCAGGACCAGAUGCAGCAUGUCUUUGACAAACUUCCUGGAUUUAGAUCCAUCCAUGUGCUGGGUAUCAGCGAGACCCAGGACACUGACGGGCCUGGAGGAAUCUCGGUGCACUACUCUCUGGUCUUUGAGGUCAGUUCCCCUCAAAUCACCUCUGAGAUUUCAGAGAAUGCAACUGACACGCCCAAGUCUUCCCCAGCCAACUCUGCACUCAGGGAAAUGGUGACCAAGGCUCUGCGUGAGGAGGCGUCCCUUCCAGUCGACCUGGAUUCAAUUAACUUUGAACCAGAAAAGAUCCUCCUACCAGCAUUGAGAGCCACUGCUUCAGUUGGAGUAAUGAAUCAGUCCAGCGAGCCUGAUUCACACAACGAGUUGGAAAUUUCCACUGUGGAGCCAGAGGUUGACAAACUCUGGCCAGCAGUUUCCCUCACCCCCAUGGAGAAGGAAAAUGCCCUGGAGAUCCUGCUUGACCCAACAGCAGUCCCAGAUGAUGAUGCAACAGCAGUGACCGGUGGGGUGGCAGAGGGCAGCGAUCAACUCCCGGGCUCGGAGGACGUUACUGAUGAGUCGAUUUAUGUGAGUGAACCCGGGCCAUUAAAGGAAGAGGGAAAGGGAGAAGAAUUGCUGAUCAUUACACAUGAGAUUGAAACCAUUCAUCAUGAUGAAACCGGUAAACUUGUGCGAGACUACAUUCCCACCCCUCCUGCGCUUCUUGAGCUGGAGACAGAUGCUCCCUACGUCAGUUUGUCUCCUAACCUGAUACCAGAGGGAGACCUGAGUUCUGUUGGUGACGACAGAGAAGGUCCUAGAUUGGACACUGUUCAGAUUACCCCAACCGCUAAUAUUAUAUUCACUACAAUUCCUGCUGCAAAGGAGGCACCUGAUGUUAGACUCCCCAUCACAACACUCUCCGCCAUAACAGCCCAGCCACCCACAAAGCCAACAGUAAUACUUCAUGAAGACGAAGAAGAAAAUGCUCUUCCAGAGGAAGAAGAGGAGGUACAUUUGGGUGUCUCUAAAACCCACGAUGCUGGUGAUAUUUCAGAAACAAAGGAUGUUUCAGAGUUGGAAAAUGAAAAGGGCUUGCUCGAACCAGAAAGUGGGUUGGCAGUUGAACCUGAUGAAGAAUCGCUCAAGGUUUUGCAGGCAACUGUUGAAGUUUCAGAGACAGUUGAAGGAAUAUCUGAAGUUUCAGAGACAGUCAAAGAAUCAUCUGAAGUUUCAGAGCCAGUCAAAGAAUCAUCUGAAGUUUCAGAGACAGUCAAAGAAGUAUCUGAAGUUUCAGAGACAGUCGAAGAAUCGGCUGAUGUGUUUAAACUAAAAGAAGUGGUAGCUGAAAUUUCCAAGGUAGAUGAACUUCAACAACCUGACAAAGAAGGAGCAAUUGUUGCAAACCCUGAUGAAAAAGUAGCUGAAGUAUCAGUUGAAAAAGAAGUACAUGGGGUUUCUGAACCAGAAAAAGAAGUGCCUGAAGUUUUAGAGCCAGACCAAGAAGUAGCUGAGGUUUCCAAACCACACAGAGAAGUGCCUGAAGUUUCAAAGCUAGAAAAAGAAGUAUAUGAGGUUUUUGAAAGGGAUAAUGAAGUGCCUGAAGUUUCAGAGCCAGUAAAAGAGGUAGCUGUAGCCUCAGAGCCAGGUUAUGAAGUAGCCGAGGCCUCAAAACCAAAUCAAGAAGUAUCUGGACCUUUGGAGCCAGAUCAAGAAAGCCAGGUCAAAAAGUACCUGCGCUUUCGGAGCCAGGUCAAGAAGUACCUGCGCCUUCUGAGCAAGGUCAAGAAGUACCUGCGCUUUCUGAGCCAGGUCAAGAAGUACCUGCGCCUUCUGAGCAAGGUCAAGAAGUACCUGCGCUUUCUGAGCCAGGUCAAGAAAUACCUGCGCCUUCUAAGCCAGGACAAGAAGUACCUGCGCCUUCAGAGCCAGGACAAGAAGUACCUGCGCUUUCUGAGCCAGGUCAAGAAGUACCUGUGCCUUCAGAGCCAGGUCAAGAAAUACCUGCGCCUUCUGAGCAAGGUCAAGAAGUACCUGCACUUUCGGAGCCAGGUCAAGAAGUACCUGCGCCUUCUGAGCCAGCCAGGUCAAGAAGUACCUGCGCCUUCAGAGCCAGGUCAAGAAGUACCUGAAGUUUCUGAAGUAGAUAAUGAAGUGCCUGAAGUUUCAGAGCCAGUCAAAGAGGUAGCUGAAACCUCAGAGCCAGGUCACAAAGUAGCUGAAAAUGCAAAACCAGACAGAAAAGUGCCUGAAGGCUCAGAGCCAGGUCAAAAAGUACCUGUAGACUCAGAGCCAGGGGAAAAGUUUAUAGUAGAAUCUCAAGAAGUUGCUGUUUCAGAGCCAGAAGAAGUAAUUACAGAAGUAAUUACUACUCUAGGUAUUGAAGAGAAGGACCUUGAAGUUUCAGAGCCCAAGGCAGAAGCAGAAGAAAGCACCGUCAAAGAUCUGACAGAAGAAGCACUGCAUGAACAAACCAGUGUUUUACAACCAGAAGAGGAAAAAGUAAAAAUUCCUAAGCCAAAUGUGGAGGAUGUUAAAGAACCACAGGAAGAGUCACAACUCACAGGUGUAGAAGAUGUUUCAGAACCAAAAGGAGGGGUGGUUGAUGCCACAGGAUCAGAAAAACUAGUGCCAGAGGCCUCUGAACCUGAAGCAAAAGUAAUUGAGGAAAAGCCAGCAGAAGAAGAGGUUUCUGAGGGUCCAGCACGAGAUGAUAAAGAUGUCGAAAGAAAGGAGGAAGAGGUUUUGCAGGUAGAAAAAGUUAAACCUCCAGCAGAAGAAACUGCAGAACCAGAAACUGCACUGACAAGGGAAACCCAAGUGCCCAAAGUAACAGAAAUGGCACCUGUGGAAGUUGGGACUGCAGAAUCAGAAAAGGAGCAAGAAGAAGUACCAGAACCGACUGAGUCGGUGGUAGAGAUGAAAAAGGUACCAUACGAACCAUUACCUGGGAAAGAAUCAGAAGUACUGGAUGUAACUGAGGUCCCACUACCACAAUCUGAAGAAGUCGUGGAACAAGUGAAGGUUGCUGAAAGCCCAAAACCAAAAGAAGCUUCUCAACCGGUCAAAGGCAAAGCUGACAGUUUAACACCAGAGGAAAAGCUACCAGAAGUCUCAGAGCCAGAAUCUAAAGAAGAGGUAAUAGAGGAAGUCCAACAAUCAGAAGGGGAGCAUCUUCAUGGCCUAGAAUCGGAUCCAGGUGAGGGGGUAGUAGAGAUGUUAGAACCAGAACCUAAAAAAGAUGCUACUGAGCCACCUGCCGAAUCAAUUAAAAUCCUGCACCCCUUGGAUGGUGUGGACAACCUUCCUUUUGGAGAGGAUGGUGUUCAGGUCAUUGAAGAUAAAAACCUCCUGUAUCCUGUCAGAACUGACUAUCAUCACCCAGCAGAGGAGCAUAAUUUACCCAUCAUACCAGUCCAGCCUUCCAGCGAAGAUGUAGGCGAACCUGACCGUGACUAUCCCAUCAUUGAUAAUUUUUACAACGAGGAGGAUGUAGAGAGUGUAGACGCUCAGGUGGAGCAUGAAGCCGAUUCCACCACAAUGACAGAAACGACAAAAGGCGAUUCACACUCGGAGGCGAUCUCUCACAUCACAGAAGUGACAGCUGCAGACACGACAGGCACAUCAGAGGGCACAGAAGCCACUGAAGAGUUGCCAGAGGAGACACAAAAAAGUAAUUUAUCCCCAGAAACAGACAUCAGUGUGACAGCACCACCAGCUUCAGACUCACUGCCUACACCUCCGGCAGCUUCUGUCGAUGUUUCUGAAGUGUUUUUACCCGUCCCAACAAUUGACUCUGGACUCUUUGAGGUAGCAGAGGAAUCUGAAGUCCCCAUUGUUACUGAGUCUCCUGAGGGUGAUAGCGCUGAGCCGGAGGUGGAGUCAGAGCAAAGCGAGCCAGCUGUCGUCAUUAUUGAUGAAGACUUGGGAGGCUACACAAAAAAAGAAGACGGAAGCCCCACCACCCCGCCGGAUGCUACCGAAGACAUGGUGGAAGAAGCUGUGCAGGACCUGGCUGUGGAGCUGGAUCAAACCAGUGUGGUGGCCACAGACCCAAAUGAGCUCCUGGAAAAGGGAGAAGAGGGGAGUGGCUUCCUGUCUGUGCAGGAGGAACACAGGACCAUUGUCACCACGGCCGCACCUCCACUGAGAUACCUCACCACUCCCACCAUGACCACGGCCAGCCACGGCCGGGAGCUGGUGGUGUUCUUCAGCCUGCGCGUCACCAACAUGGACUUCUCUGAGGACCUCUUCAACAAGACUUCGCCUGAGUACAGGUCCCUGGAGAACACCUUCUUAGACGUGCUGCUGCCGUUCCUGCAGGCCAACCUGACGGGUUUCAAAAAACUGGAGAUCCUCAACUUCAGGAAGGGCAGCGUGGUCGUCAACAGCAAGAUGAAGUUCGCCAAGUCAGUGCCAUACAACAUCACCGAGGCGGUCCACUGCAUCCUGGAGGAGUUUUGCACCUCUGCCGCCAAGAAGCUGCACAUCCAGAUUGACACCCACUCUCUGGACAUCGAACCAGCUGAUCAGGCCGAUCCCUGCAAGUUCCAGGCCUGCGGUGAGUUUUCUCGCUGCAUGGUGAACGCCUGGACGAAGGAGGCGGAGUGUCAGUGCCAGUUGGGCUUCGUGUCAGUGGACGGCCUGCCCUGCCAGAGCCUGUGUGUCCUCCAGCCAAACUACUGCCAAGGAGGAGAGUGCCACAUAGUUCCCGGAUACGGAGCCGUGUGCAGACACAAAGACGGCUAUUCCCUCCCAGGCCUUUCCAGUUAAGAGAAUAUAAAGGAUCGGACAGUACCUGAGAACAUCACCACAGGAACUCGGACUCAUCGCGGCCUCAUUCAGUCACUCAG